AUGGACAUCCCAAAGAACGGCGAGAGCAGCCGUUCGCCUGCCCCAGCAAGCUCGGCAAUGGCUCCAGGCGCGCCCUUGCCACUCAUCCUGCCCGAGUGGGACUCCCUUCCCACAAAACACCUCCAUUCGUCGCUCGACCUCAUGUCCCUCCUCCAUCUGGACGGCCUGUACAACACCUAUGUGCGGCCAUACUUUGACCCAGUGCCGGACACGGACGACGAGGGCGACGCAAUGGUGCGGCCGCGUGCGAAGAAGAAGCAGGGGCUGAGCAAGGGAUAUGUCGCGCUGCUCGAGGACUGUAUCGACCCGAUCCCAAUGGGCAACCAGGCCGAGCACUCGCUCCUCCCGCUCGUGGGCGACUUUCUCGACCCGCAGCGCCCGCCCGCCAUCGCAUGGCAGGGCCCGCUCGUCCCGCUCACGCCCGACCUGCUCUCCUCGGCGCGGCUCGAGCAGGGCAAGACGGACGGGUACGCCAACGGCGAAAAAGUCGGCGUGCGCGAAGCCGAGGAACGCCGCAGGCGCAAAAAGCAGGCCCGCAUGUCCCAGUCGGUCGCCCCAGACCUGCCCGACAUUGCAGCCGCGUCCCCGGCCCCGGCCGGCGUGCCCACCCCAGCACCGCCAGCGAGGGGUACCCCGCGCCCGCCGUUCUCGGCGCGCGGCAGCCGCGGGGGCGGUGGAGGGCCGCCGGGAACCCCCGGACACCGCCCGCCAUGGCCGCGCGCGAGCGCGCCGCCGGGAUACACGCCGCGUCCUGGUCCAGGCGGCGCGGGGCCCGGCACCCCGACGCCGUCGCACCGUCCCGGCGGAGGUGGUGGCCCUGGUGGUGGUGGUGGGCCUGGCCCGCGCCCGUCCGGCGCGCCCGGCACCCCGCUCAAGCGGCCGGGCGAUGGCAGCGGAUACCCGUCGGUCGUCAAGCGCACAAAGGGCAUGGGAGGGGGGAGCCGGUCGGCGAGUCCCGCGAUGGGCGAUGUGGGCGUAAAGGCCGUGUUCAAGGGUGCGAUGAGGCGGACGGAGGAGCCGUAG